AUGUUACUAGUACCCUUGGGCAGCAUAAUUUCUAAAUGGAGAUUUGACCGUGUGUUUUCUUUUCUAGCCACUGUAUACACAUCUGGAAUCUAUGGGGACAUCAAUAAAGUUCCCACGACUGGUGCUACUUGUGCAACAGCCAAACAAGACAAGUUGAAAUCUUGUGGAGUUGAGGCUUCAAAAAGUCUGGCCCAGAAUGACUUAGGACGGAUAAAUAAAUACAAGAGUAUAAUUCUCUCAGUGGCUAGACAAAAACAGAUGGAUCCAUCUGUCAUUGCUGGUAUUAUGUCCCGGGAAUCACGUGGAGGAAGCAUUCUGAAAAAUGGUUGGAGUGCCCAUAACGGCGGCUUUGGCCUGAUGCAGAUUGAUGAACAGUACCACAAACCUAUAGGAGCCUGGGAUAGUGAAACACAUAUUGCCCAGGCAGUAGAUAUUUUAAUUUCAACAUACAACCAAAUUGAGAAUAAAUUUCGAGGGCAAUCCAAAGAAAAUAUACUGAAAGGAGCUAUUGCUGGAUACAACACCGGAGCUGGAAAUGUGAGGGACAUAAAUGAUGUUGACCGUCGCACAACUGGAAAAGACUAUGCCAAUGAUGUUGUUGGACGAGCACAGUUCUUCAAAAGUAAAGGAUAUUAA